UUUUCCCCAUUGUCUCUAUAUAAGUCCCAACUCUCUCUUUCCCUUAUCUCUGCCUCUCCUCUUCGUUACAAAACUGGGCCUGCUCUUCAGUUCCUUCCUACUUUGUAUUUUAUUCCAAACUCCCUUUUGCUGCCAUGUCGUUUAGAGGACUCAGUCGGCCAAAUGCUACAUCAGGCAUGGGCGUUGCUGAUCACAGCAAGGAUACUUUUUUGGAGCUGAAAAGGAAGAAAGUUUACCGCUAUGUGAUAUUUAAAAUCGAUGAGAAGAAAAGGGAGGUUGUGGUUGAGAAAACCGGUGGACCUGUUGAGAGCUACGAUGACUUCACUGCAUCUCUGCCUGAGAAUGAUUGCCGAUAUGCUGUCUAUGACUUUGAUUUUGUUACUUCUGAGAAUUGUCAAAAGAGCAAGAUUUUUUUCAUUGCAUGGUCCCCUUCAUCCUCUCGAAUCCGUGCAAAGAUGCUUUAUGCCACUUCCAAAGACAGGCUUCGAAGGGAACUGGAUGGGAUCCACUAUGAGAUUCAGGCUACUGACCCUACAGAGAUGGAUCUUGAAGUUUUAAGGGAUCGUGCUCACUGAACACCGUGCAGUUUAGCUGUUUCAUCGGAGGAAGUUCCUUGUUCGCUUUGCCGAGUCUGAAAUUAGUCCUCCUUGCUUCAUAAAGCUAUGUGCAGAACCUUUUUGUGACACAAAAUAGUGUAUGUCUAAUCCUUGAAUAACCAGAAUCUGGUGAAGCUGAUAUGAAGCUCUGGGCUAAUGCUCUCUGGUUGCUGUUAAUUCUGGUUCUUUACUGUUUUUUUACUCUCAACGAAGAAAGUAAGUCAUGGUAAUUGGGAACCUCAAACUAUUUUCAGAUAUAUUGGUAGGUCUAAUUGUUGUACUCUUUGCUUCCCUAUCCAAUGCAUUUCGUGUUCCAGUA